UGAAGUCCCAUGCUUGCGUUUUGUUUUGCGUUUCCGACAGUUGUGCGUUUUUUCCAAUGUGUUCCAUCUCUGCUAUACCUGAGCUUCCGUCUUUGCUGUUUGUUUUGUUUUAAAGGUUUGAAUGUUGCUUUGAAGUGUUUUUAGUGUUUAUUUAAUAAUUACAAGACUAGAUUUUGAUAAUAAUAAAGUUUAAUAAAAAGUAAAAAUAAUUAGAAAAAAUAAUUUUAUAAAGAAGGUAAAAUUAAACAUGUCGGAGGAAAACGUGCAGGUGGCCAAUCACUGCUGGAAUUGUAACUGGCGAAUUUGGAAUGUCAAUUACGAAAAUAUUAUAAAGCAUUCAUGUUUUGCAAAUUUUAAUGAAUACAAGUAUUGUCUCUUGAUUAGUACGAAUGGAAUUGUUAGCAUGAAGGAACUAUCAGCUAAAGAAAAAAAAUGUGCUGUUGAAGUUCGUUUGAUUAGGGCCCAUUAUGAAAGGCCAAGUUUGUACAAUAAAGAGGCUCAACGAUCGGUAUCUCCUGAGGAAAGAGAACAGUUAUGGCAGGAAGUUGCCGAAAUUGUAUGUACAGAAUGGUCAGGUGCUGAUGCAAAAAAAAAAUGGCGAAACUUACGGGACCAAUUUAAAAAAGCCUUAAAAAAAGGUAAACCCGAACUUUUCCGUCACUAUAAUGAAAUGAUAUUUUUGGAAGAAGAUGGCAAUGAUGGAGACACAUUGGAUGAUUCGGUAUUGCGGCAGUUACCCACAAGUAAUUCGGUAUUGCGAGAGUCACCUGCAAGUAAUUCGGCCAAUAAGCGACUUAGAAGAUCAUCAGAUUUCAGUCUUGAUGGAAACGAUUCUGAUAUAGAAUUUAAUGCAACUUCUGCAACAGGAACUUCCAGAAACGAAAACAAUGAAAAUGCGCCUCAUUCAGGAAUAAUUAGGAAUGAUGAACUGUCAACUUCAUCGAGCCAAAAAAAAGAUAAAACAUUGAGCAAAAAAGAGGAGUUACAAAUGUUAAUUUUAGAAAAAAUUCAGUCACACAAGAUUCCAAAAGCAGAUCAUACGGAUAUGCUGUUUUCCAGCUUCAGUGCAACGUUCAAACAAUUACAACCUCCACGUCAACUUAGAGUUCAUAGACUAUUCAUUGAAAUUUUGGAACGAGAGUAUAAUUAACAAAUAACUCAAGAGCAGUACGAUUUAAACUAGAUUUUUUAGAAAUACUUUUCGUUAUAUUUUCAAAUCUUCUUCUAUUAAAUAUAAGGUUUACAUAAUUCUAUAAGGUUAUUUCGUUCUAGUAGUGGUUUUACAUUACAAGUUAUUAAAUAUAUGAGUAAAUAUGUCAAAUAUUAAAAAUUAUGUUUGUUACUUAUUAUUAUUUUACUA